AUGAUCGCGGCACGGGCCGACACGGGCUCGUACAUGGCCCAGCACACUGCGCGGAGCACGCUGCACGGCCAGCUGCGCGCCGCGAUGUGCCCCGCGCCCCCCGACAAGCUCCUGACGGACCGCGCCGCGUACAUCUCGUACCUCGAGAGCCAGCUGGAGAGGGUCACAAACACCUGCAUGACCGUCCAGUCCUACGAGGCGAGGCUCCACGACGCCGCGGACGUUGCCCGGCGCUGCGAGGCCCAGAUGCUCGAGAUGUCCUCCCGCCUCCAGUCCACGCGCGGCUCCGCGGCGGACGCCGACGCCGCCCAGCGCAAGGCCUUCGCGGCGCUCCUGCAGCGCGUGGCUGACCUGGAGGGCGAGCUCCGGGAGCGGCCGUUCGGCGGCGGCGGCCCGGGCGCGCUCAAGCCCACGGGCGCUGCGGCAGGGCUGGCCGGGGAGGCCGAGGGCCACGCGCUGGACCUGCGCGUGCUGGACGCGAAGUUCCGCGCGUGGGCGGUGGAGCACGAGCGCCGCACGGAGCGCCGCAUGCGCGAGGCGGAGGAGCGCAUUGUGGCGCGCAUCGAGACGGCGCUGAGCGACCUGGGCUCGCACCGCGCGUCGCUGGACGCGCGCGUGGGCGAGGUGCGCGCGGAGCUGACGGACGCGAUGGGGGAGUUCCGCGACGAGGCCGCGGGGCUGCUGGGGGAGUUGCAGGGGGAGUCCCGCGCGCUGCGGGAGGGCCGGAGCGAGGCGGUCCGCGGGGCGGUGGCGGAGGCGUUCGCGGGCGCGGCGACGCGGGCGGAUGUCGCCGCAGCGCUCGACGCGGUCGAGGCGAUGGCUGGCGUGCAGGGGGUGCUGGCGGGGGAGCUGGGGCGCCUCACGGGCGAGCGCGGGGACGCGGCGGCGCGCGUGGCGGACCUCCGGGCCGCGAUGGCGCAGGCCGUGCCGGAGGGCGGCGGCGAGCUCGACGCCGCGGCGUGGGGCCGCGCGCUGGACGCGGUGAGUGCGCUGGAGGCGGCGGUGCAGGGCGGCCCGGCGGGGGGCGUCGCGGGCGGCGCGGCGGCGACGCAGGACAUGCGGGAGUCGGUGCAGGCGAUCGGGCGCGAGGUGGUGUCUGCGGCGCGCAGCCGCGUCGCGGCGGCCGGCCGCCGGCGAGGGCGCCCGCCGCCGCGCGCGCCCAGCUCGGCGCCCGCCCCGCGCGACAGCCCCGUGGGCGCCGGCCGGGACGCGUCCGCGGGCGAGACGUCCAGCGUGGUCGAUGCGCACACGCAGAUCAUCCAGGAGCAGGGAUCGCUGAUCGACCAGGUCAUGUCAGCGGUCGGCGGCAUCAAGCGCGACGUCGGGUCAAGUUCCGCGCAGCUCGAGGUCCUCGCGUCCGUCGUCGAGAAGCUGGCAGAGCGCGUCAGCCAGGGAGGGUCGCCCGGGGGCGGCCGCGCGCGGUCCCUGAGCCCGCCGCGCGACCGCCCGCCGUUCGUCGUGCCCACCUCACCGUCGUACACCGACAGGGUGAAGAAGCAGUUCUACGAGGCCGAGGCCGCGUCGGCGGGCCGCCCCCCGCGGCCCGGGUCCAGCGCCACGUCGCGCCCCGGAGCGCACCGCAGCACCAGCGCCAGCCCCGCCGGGUCGCCGUACCGGCCCUCCUACCGACCGUCGCCGUCGCGGCCGCCGGAGUACGGCGCGGACGUGCCGUACGGCGCCCCGAGGGGCGGCGAGGCGCCGCACGCCGGCGGCGCGGCGCAGUGGCGCGCGGGCGGCGCGGGGGGGCUCCGGAGGCAGGACACGCUCACAGAGGCGCUCGCGAGCCUGGAGGAGACGCGUCGAGUGCUGGAGGGGUCGCGGCGGCUGAGCGCGGGGCCCGGAGAGCUGCCGCGACCGACCGCCGGGGUCCCCGGGCGUGGCGCGGGCGGCCAGGACCAGCGGGCGCCGGACGGGGCGGCCUGGGAGCGUGCCAUGAGGCGCAAGGCGCGGCUGCAAGAGCUGUACGCGCAGCUGCAGGCGUUGUGA